AGGGGCUUGUGGUUUUCGUUUUUGCCCGGAUGAUUUAGGCUACUGGUUGUCAUGGCGAGUUGUCUCGGGGAGAGCGAUGGCGGGCUGACGUUCUGGUUGGCCGAGGAGAAGGACUACGAUGAUGUCAUGGACAUUUCUGACGACAUCUAUGGAGGUAAUGACUACCUUCCUCGUCGCUACCACUCCUGGAUGACUGAGCCAGGUAGAGUCGUCAUGCUGGCCAGGCGGGGAGACAAACUGGUGGCGCUGGAGUCGGGUCUGCUGGUUGACGACGGCUGUACGGUCGUGGUGGAGGGCCUGAGGGUGUGUCCUAGCGAGAGGGGGCGGGGUGUGGCGGGGGUCAUCCAGCGGUUUCUAGACGACUACCUACAGAAGCUCCACCCCUCCAUCAGGGUCAAGAGACUGACCAGGGGGGUCGAACCCGGAGCGGAGAGACUGGCUAAGUUCACCCUGCUGGCCAAACGGGCUGUUCUAUCAUUGGUUGGUGAAGCUGUCAGUUUCCACACAUUCUCAUCUCACAUCAGGAACAAACUACACUCCAGCACAGGAACAGGAAGUGACUCGGGUAAGUCCGUCCCUCACCUGGUUCCCCUGGACGACAAGCAGCUGAGGAAGGUUCUCCUGGACCCAGACCUGCCCUCCAGGGCCCAACUUCCCGGCGGCGCCAUCAUCCAGGACUGGCAGCCCUUGCAGCCAAUAGAAGCCAACCUAGAGAUCCUGGGGAGGCGGGAUCUAUCCUGGUUGGUCGACGACCAGGAAAAACCCACCUUCCUCAGCUUCUACACUCCUCCUUAUCCAAUCCCGUACGAGGGAGGGUCCCUGCGCCUCAACAUCGACACGUUUGGGAUGAACGCCGUCUUUGCACGGGCGGCGCUUGUCGGACAUUUUGAGAAGGUUUUGGCGAGCGGGGCGUUUACUGGGAGGAGCAAGGUGGUGGCGCACGUGUACGUGGACCCGUCAAUGUACGAAGAGCUACAGGGUUUCUGUGAGGGCGACGCAGGGGUGAAGAAGUUUAGGGACCGCUGGGAUCAAGAGUUCAUGGAGAGAGGGGUAUAGGAAAGGAGGAAGGGGAGAUAGAGAGAGAGAGAGGGCGAGAGAGAGAGAGAGAGAGAGAGAGAGAGUGAGGGCGAGAGAGAGAG